CGCAGGACCACUCAUCCAUGGAUGACGAGGUCGUUUCUAUUCACUCAUCCCAUGAGUUCGGCAUGGAAGAAGUCGACAGAAGAGCUAUUCUCGAGCCUGUCGUCCAACGAGUCGUCGAUGCACUUGGUGGUUACGAAGGUGGCGCCUACCGCAUGGGCGAUGAAGUUAGCGGUUGUCUCCGAGAUCUGAAGAAGCUCUGGCGGAAGGACGACACAGAUGAUGAGCGUACGGUGGCGCGCAUAUUUUGGGAGACUCGGGUCCUCCCAAACGACCUCGUACCGAUAUUGUUGGCGACUGCAGGCAAGGGACUCGUGGAAGACAAGCGGGCUAUCGCAUGUGCAGACUUGAUGACCGCCAUGACCUGGCCAAUUGAUAUGGCGGAAGAGCUACAGGAGCUGGAUGAGGAGCUUGAUAAAGGGACGGACUAUACUCAGUUGAUGUUCAGCCAUCUCAAUUACAAGGCUGCGCUUCUGACGCCAGGCGUCAUGCAAGCCCUCUUCGGGAUCGUUCUCCCGCCAAUCUCAAAGCCCGCAAAGGAGAGGAAGGAGCGUGACGGACAGAUAGUGAAUCUGAUUCUGCAUCUCAUCCGGAACUUGAUAUUUAUCAAGGACCUCCCUGCAAAUACGCACCUGAGCGCGGACCAGGCGGAGUACUCGAGUUUGCAGACUAGACUUGUGAAAGCGCUCUCGGAAACACAUACACUGGAUUUGCUCCUAACCAUUGCUGCCAAUACGUCCAACGAUUCUCUUUUCAACGCAUCAAAUACUCUUGUACUCGAGAUAUUCUACCUGUUAUUCCGCGGCGUAAAACCUCAUCUACUGGCUAUAGACCAGUCAAAACAACCAGUGCAAAACCUUCAUCGGCUGCUUGCUGCAGAGGACAAGAAAAAGAAAGACUUGGCAAAGAAUGCAUCUUCACGGCACUCCCGUUUUGGGACAACUAUUUCCGUCCAGCUUAAGCCGAGCAAGAAACCAGUAGCUCCAGAUGCAGACACUGAAGGUCCAAACGAUCCAGCCUCUGGUUCCAGACCGCUCGUCCUUCAUCGCCAAGCGGCUAUCACGCGGGAGUCUGGGAGCGUUCUCGACUUUGCGAAGCGUUCUAAGGCUCGGAAAAGCAACAAAAUUGACGAAUUAGCCCGCGAGGACAAUCUAUCUGUAGAAGCCAAGAUAGUCCUUCAGGGUUUUGGCCGCGAAUUUGUGGAGUCAUCGUUUAAUCCGUUCCUCCGCUCUCUGCUCAAAGACAUCAAAUCCGAACGCCCGAAGAUCAAAGAAAAGGAUCAUCUUCGGUUGCUCUACGUCACGAAGUGGUUCCUUGAAUUUUUCCUUACAUCCCGCUCCAACGAAAAAGCCGUCGAAGGACAGCGAAAAUGGAACCUCGGGCUAGUCGCGGAAGUUACCGACCGCGGGUGGAUCAUUUGGGUCCUGAAGCGGAUGAGACAAGCCAUGGAUGAAAAGCCAAAAAUGUGGAACGAGCUGCAAGCGGGAAUAGAAUGCCUUACUCAACUCCUUCUCCUGAUCGACAUCAUGUCUUCGUCGGUAAUCUCCGACCCUCAGCUCAAUGAGGCUGCAGCUAUCUUACAACAACAGCUGAUUUAUAAUGGCGAAGUUCUUGAUAUCUCGCUCGAAAGCCUUCGAUCUUACAAGGAAGGGACGCAAUCACUAGCCUAUUUAAAUGCCAGCGUGCAUCUCGCUUACGCCUUGCUACGGAUGUUGGAACGGUGGGGGAAAGAGAAUACCGGGGCAGUGUACGUCAGGAAAAAGAAGCCGGGUAAGAGGAAGAAGACCACAGGCCAGCGACUAGCUGGUGAAGAUGGUGUGCCUGAUUUCGAGAGCGAACCUGAUGGAGAUAGUGAGGAGGAGGUCGUCCACGAGACAAUGUUCACCUUUGAUGCCUUUGAAAUGAAAUUUGCGAAUUCGGAGAUAACCAAGACCCUUCUGACAUAUCUCUCUCGCUACAGAGACUUCGAUUCCCCUGAGUUCAUGAAGAGGGCAGUGAACUUGAUCCACCGGCAAGUCGUCAAAGCUAAGGCAGAAGGGCUGUAUUUCAAUGUUUCGACACUCAAUCUUUUCAAAGUAAUUCUGGAUGAUCAAAAGUCGUUGCCGAAAGAUCAGUCGUCCAAGGACCUUGUGAAAUUGGUCAAUUUCAUUUUACACAGGUUCUUCAAGGCGUUGGAAGGAGAGCCAUUCCUCGCGGUGGAGGCAUUCUUCCCCAAGAACCGCGGACACUGGAAACUGUACUCGAGCUGGGAACCGGAACAGAAAGGCCGCCAUGAACGCGAGACAGUAGAAGAUACCAGAUUCCCUCCCGAGGUGCAAGUCAAGAAGGGAUACUCUUGGAGCGAGCAAAUCGGAAUUGCAAUAGCGGCCCUAGUGGACGAUGGGAAGACAGAACUGGUAGAAUGGGUCAAAGACAUCCUGGUGCUAGUCAUUCGUCAGCGCAAUAACAUCAUCGAGGAGACGGAUGAUAAGCCCAAAGACGAAGACACUGACCUGGACGAUGAUGAACAGAAGAAGCUAACUCCCUCUGCAGAAGCAAUCUCCAAAUUUAUUGAUUACUUGAUACCAUACAUCAGCGAUGAACAUGCGGAAGCCGCAACGAAGAAUUCGAUAUUGAAGCUCAUGUUUCGCCUGUUAAAGUUCACUAUUUAUGAUGAUGAUGGCGACGAAUUGCAGUGGACCGUUCCAGCAGCAAUUCUUCCUUCUGAUCUCCGGAGCAGCUUCAAUGUCAUUGAUCAAUUCCUCCAGCAUCCCAUCGAUCUUGAUGGCAAGAAGGCUUCACAGCUCUUGAGCAAGAAACCCCGUCGGCAUCGAAGACGUCGAUCACCCUCUAACUCUGAUAUCGAACUUGUUGACGAUGACGAGCCCAAGCGCAAGAGACGGGAGAAGAAAAAGAAGGAGGAAACCCAAUACAAGUCAGCACAGUUCAUUGAGGACAGCGAUGCGGAGUACGGUGAUAUGGAGGCCUUCCUCGAAAGGGAAAAGGCAUUAAGAGAUAAAGCUGUCAUGGCAGCCGCGCAAAGUGGCAAGAUCGGAACCAUGCGAGCGACAGGAACUAAAAAACGGCGGAGAAAAGGUAAAGAUGUUGAGGCUAGGAAGAAGGGUAAGGUAGGGAACCCCGAGAAUCAACCGGCAGGAGAGUCUAGUGCCGAUGAAAAUGUCUCAGACGGUGAAGAUGACAUUUUCGGCACCAUGCGGAGAAGUCGCUCUAGUACACCAGAAUCUCAGCCCGCACCUAGGGCGCGCCCGAGACCCCGGCCGGUUCCAAAGCGUUCUGCAAAGCAAGCAAUGUCAACGGAUGCCGAGAGCCAAGACAAUUCAGGGAUGGACACAGCGGGCGUUCGACGUACCGGGACGGGGCGGUUGGUCCUUUCCGAGGAUGAUGAACUGUAACAAUCCAUCCGUCAUGCUUGUCGUCAUCCCGUUUAGAUGUAAUACUGAUUUAUCUUCAUGUUUUGAAGUGUUGCACAAACGCUAUUAAAUGCGUCGUAAAAGCUCGA